AGUAAAUGUACAAAACCGCUUCCUGUCCCGAUAACACCUUUAAUAAUUAACCACAUUACAGCCUAUGAUUCUGUUCAACCCACAUGCACUUUCACACUAUCGACACGGAAGCACAAAGUUUAUUCAGAAAAAACACAACUGGGUUUAGAUCUAAGCUCAUGCACACACUCUUAUUUCUCCCUCUGUAUCUUUCUGUGAAUGCUUAGAAAAUGGCCAAGGCCCGUGUUUCAGUAAGUCAGCUUUCAAUGGAUCAGUUCAUUUGUCCAGUGUGUCUGGAUCUCCUGAAGGAUCCAGUGACUAUCCCCUGUGGUCACAGUUUCUGUAAGGUGUGUAUUAAUGACUGCUGGGAUCAGAAGGGCGUCUGCAGCUGUCCUCAGUGCAGAGACACGUUCACUCCAAAACCUUUUCUACACAGAAACAACAUGCUGUUUGAAGUGGUGGAGAAACUGAAGAAAACUGAAGUUCGAACUGCUUCUCCUGAUCACUGUUACGCUGGACCUGGAGAUGUGGAAUGUGAUUUCUGCACUGGGAGAAAACACAAAGCCGUCAAGUCCUGUGUGGUGUGUGUAGCAUCAUUUUGUGAAAUUCAUCUAAAACCUCAUCUAGAAGUUCCUGCUUUGAAAAAGCACACAUUAAUAGAAGUUUCAGUAAAACUACAAGAGAAAAUCUGCUUUGAGCAUAGCAAACUGAUUGAGAUCUACUGCAGAACUGAUCAAACCUGCAUCUGUUAUUUGUGUACGAUGGAUAAACAUAAAGGACACGACACCGUCACAGCUUCAGGAGAAAGAGCUGAAAAACAGACUGAGCUGAAGGAAGAGCAGAUGAAAUUCCAUCAGAGAAUCCAGGAGAAGCAGAAGAAGUUGCAGGAGCUGAAACAGGAUGUGAACAUUAUAAAGCUCAGUGCACAGACAGCAGUAGAUGACAGUGAGAAGAUGUUUACUGAGAUGAUCAACUUAAUUGAGAAAAAGCGCUCGGAGGUGAGGGAGAUGAUCAGAGAUCAGGAGAAGGCUGAACUGAGUCGAGCUGAACGACUCCUGGAGCAACUGGAGCAGGAGAUUUCUGAUCUUCAGAGGAGAAUCAAUGAGCUGGAGCAGCUUUCACACACACACGAUCACAUCCAUUUCCUCCAGAGUUUUCAGUCUCUCCAUGUCUCUGCUGGACGUGGGUCUCCCUCGGCUGACAGACCAAAUUUUAACACAUCCAUUAUCACUCUCCAUCAGCAACACUUAUCAGAUAAAAUGAGGAAUUAUUUUUCAGAUCUGAAGAAGAGACUCGAGGAAUUCUGUAAGGAAAAGUUCAACAGAAUCCCUGUACAAGUUCAGUUGUUCUGCUCAGAGCCACAGAACAGGGAUGACUUUCUAAAAUAUUUCUCUUAUCUGAAUUUGGAUCUCAACACAGCUCAUUAUUACCUCAUUCUGUCUGAAAAGAACAGAGUGGUGAGAUACAGUCAAAUAGAGCAGCGGUACUCUAAACAUCCAGAGAGAUUUGACUCCUGCAUUCAGGUAUUGAGUAAAGAGAGUGUGUGUGGACGCUGUUACUGGGAGGUGGAGUGGAGCAGUGAUGAAGGUGUGUACAUUUCAGUCUCAUAUAAAGAUAUCAGCAGGAAAGGACGAGAUAUCGAGUGUAGGUUUGGACGCAACAAUCAGUCCUGGAGUCUGCGGUGUUCUUCUUCACCUCUUUCUUUCUUUCACAACAACAUUAAGACUGAUCUCAGAGUUCCAUCACCAUCCAGAAUAGGAGUGUAUGUGGAUCACAGUGCAGGAACUCUGUCCUUCUACAGCGUCUCUGACACGAUGAAGCUCCUCCACAGAGUCCACACCACAUUCACUCAGCCUCUUUACGCCGGAUUCGGGAUCAACUGGGUGGCUGGUUCUAUGUCGGUGAGAUUGUGUGAUCCAGAAUAAACAACAAAUCCAUUUGAUCAAUUAAAAUAGAUUAUACAAUUUAUGAUUAUUAUAAAGGAAAUGUUGGAAAUGAUCUGUAAAACAUGACAUGAUAAAA